CAACUCUCUCUUUCCGCCUGACCUGCGUUCUUGGAGUGGUUCUCAUGUCCCGCUGAAGGAAAUGUGAUAAGAGGUCUGGUUUAUCGGAAGCUGGCCUUCACUCACUCACUGAAGAACCUGGUGAUGGCUUCCAGGUGCUUUGAUCCCACCCAACCGUCCCUUUACGAGGAUUAAGACAGCAAUGCAAGGAACAUCAGGAUCAACUGCAAUGUCCAGUCAGCUCCGACGGAUGCCGAAUAAGCGUUGGCCUUCUGCAUCAUGACUGGCUCUCCCUCAUGGCCCCCCCCCAUGGCCCCCAAACAGGAAGGGGAGUGAAACCACUACUGCCGGGAAGCGAGUCAGGCGCGGAGACCGUCGCCACCGCCCCUGCCCCUUCAUGCCAUCUGGUUAUUUAUCUUCAGGGUCUAAUCGCUCAAGAUCCUGCAUCUCGAUCUCCUGGCAAACCACCACAUAUACCACAAUGCUUGUCACCCUAGGUCCCUUGAUGGGCCUCAUGGCCCUCGGCCAUGCGGCAGCAACGGAGAAACGCGCCUCCGGAGCCACAGCAUACAGCUCCAACUCGGCCGGCAACUACCAGUUGUCCUCGAUCGCGGCCCCAGUGCAAGGGGCCGGUAGUCCGGGCUCCGAGUCUACCUGGAAGCUGACUGUCGACGAUACCUCAUCGGGGCACCGCCAGACCAUCAACGGGUUUGGCGCCGCUGUCACCGACGCCACUGUGACCUCGUUCAACACCCUCAACUCAGCUACGCUGCAACAGCUGCUGAACGAGCUGAUGACCUCCGAUGGGGCCAACUUCUCCCUGAUGCGUCACACCAUUGGGGCCUCCGACCUGUCUGGCGACCCAGCGUACACCUACGACGACAACAACAACGCGGCGGAUCCGUCGCUGAGCGGCUUCAACCUCGGCGACCGUGGCACCGCCAUGGCCAAGCUGCUCGCCACCAUGAAGACCCUGCAGUCCAGCCUCCAAAUCCUUGGCUCCUCGUGGAGCGCGCCCGGGUGGAUGAAGCUGAACGGCGUCAUCGACGGCACCACGACCAACAACAACCUGAACGACGGCUACCUGACCAGCGGGGGGACCGGCAGCACGGGCUACGCCAGUGCCUUCGCCCAGUACUUCGUCAAGUACCUCCAAGCGUACGCGACUCUGGGGGCACCCGUUGACGCCAUCACCAUCCAGAACGAACCCCUGAACAGCCAGGCCGGCUACCCGACCAUGUAUGUCUAUGCGUACGAGUCGGCGGAUCUGAUUGAGAAAUACGUCGGGCCGGCCCUCGCGCAAGCGGGUCUCAGCACGAAGGUCUGGGCCUAUGACCACAACACAGACGUCACCUCCUACCCCCAAACCAUCCUCGACAGCGGCGCCAGCCAGUACGUCCCCGCCGUGGCCUGGCACUGCUACGCCAGCAACGUGGACUGGACCGUGCUGUCCACCUUCCACCUCACCAAUCCCGACAUCGAGCAAUACAUGACGGAAUGCUGGACGCCGGCGUCCGGGGCCUGGGAUCAGGCGGCGGACUUCACCAUGGGACCGCUCCAGAACUACGCCGCCGGCGUGAUGGCCUGGACGCUGGGCACCGACGCCAACGACGGGCCGCACCUUUCGUCGGGCGGCUGCGCCACCUGCCAGGGGCUGGUCACGGUCAACAGCGCGACGAGCUACACGCUCAACACCGCGUACUACAUGAUGGCGCAGUUCAGCAAGUUUAUGCCGCCGGGGGCGGUGGUGCUGAACGGCACAGGGAGCUACACGUACGACAACGGCGGCGGGGUGCAAUCAAUCGCCUCGCUGAAUCCGGAUGGGACCCGCACGGUGGUCAUCCAGAAUACCUUUGGGAACGAUUUGUAUGUGACGGUGACGUUGGGGUCGGGAGGGGAGUGGAGUGGGAAUGUGCCGGCUGAGUCGGUGACGACUUGGGUUUUGCCUGCGUAGACCUGGUCUGGACGUUCGGGAUGUGUAUGGGAUGGGGGGGUGGUCUAUCAGAAGCCGUGGGAGUACUACCAGUCUCAUAAGACACUGGAAUGGAACAGAGUGCAUGAAUAAAUCCAAGCGAAGUGAGGCAUUUCCCACGAAAGUCUCAUUGUGAAUACUAUAUCACAUAGGCAGAAGCACAAUCACGGA